AUGGAAAGAGAUUUCUUGAGUCUAUGCUCAAAUCAAGAAAUUAACAAUGAACCUUUCAAAGACUCAGGAUUUAUAAACGUUUCAGCAGUUAAAUGGCCGUAUUUUAACAAAGUCUCGACUCAUCCGUAUUCGAUGCAUUUUAAUGGUUCUGAAGAAGAUAAGGCUAAAAUGGCAUCUGGUUUCAUAGAGAAAUCUUUCAAACAUGACGGACAAGGCGGCAUUCAUUUUUCCAUGAAUCCGUAUCCUGUACAACAUGAUGUGCAUCGUCCUCAUGACGCCGAGAUGUUUUCAGUUUCCAAUCAAGCAGCAGGACAUCCGUUCCUUAAGAAUCAUUUUUCACCUGUUGGCUUGGUGCUAUUGCUGGUUUGGUUGAACCAUGUGUAA